CGAAGUGUGGCGACGGGUCGGAUGGGCUCCACAUCUGCUCCGCACAGAAGCUACAUUUUCGGCGAAAUCACCUCCGCAUCCAGAUUCUACGUAAUCAUCGUGUGCCUGAAGUCAGCCCGAGCACAUCAACACCAAACUUGAGGGUAUGGCGAACGCGCUGCUCAAUGCCGACGCCGACAAAGCCCACCAAUCGUCUACCGGGGCCCCGGAGGACGAGGACAUGGAAAUUCGCGAAUCCCAAGGACUUCUUCCGGCCGCUGAGGAGAGCAAAGAAGACAAUGAGCCUUGGAUCAAUGUUACCAGUCGUGCCCGUCGCCGUCGGCUGCAGACACUCUCGACCACGCCCCAACUUUCCCGAACGCCACCGAAGCCCGUUCUCCGCCACAGCCGACCGGCGAUGCGCAAGCCCCGACAACCCCCCCUUCCUGCCGAUGAUUACAAGUUGUCGGUUCGUCCACGGAACGGCCUGCAGCUCAACAAGGUGAGCCCAGGGAAGUUGGUGGACGCCAUCACAAACGCCGCAAAGCUGCAAAUCGGCUCCACCGGAUUCAAAGUACGCAUCGACGAAGACCAAAACAUCCUUGUUCUGAGCACUGCCUCAGAAGCUACGGCCUCGGCACUAAGCAAGAUGCAAAAAAUUACAAUUGAUGCAACAACAUAUGAUAUUGCAUCAUACGGAAUUUCCCCCGAUAACUCUUGCAAAGGGGUAAUACACAACAUCGAUCACGACACCACGCCCGAAAUGUUACUUAAACGGAUUGAAUCUCCCGGAUACGAGGCGCUAACAUGUAGAAGACUGGGAAACACAGCCACCAUGGUGAUCAUAUUCUUGGGAAAAACAGUGCCAUAUUACAUCGAAUUUUCCGGCCUUCUUCUGCGGUGCUACCUCUACAAGAGAACCGUGCCACAUUGCCGAACCUGCAACGAGACAGGCCACAGAGAGGACGUCUGCCCGCGGCCCCCCGCCACACCCAAGUGCAGAGAGUGCGGCACUUCGCUAGCAACGGAGCAGCACGAGUGCCACCCUCGGUGCUCUCUGUGCGGCGGGGAUCACCCGACAGCAGCGAAAGCCUGCCCCAACAGGUUCCUGCCGCCCGUCAACCGCCGGAAACCGCAGCAGACCCCGAGAGCAGGCUCCUCGUCUCCGAGGCCGCGUGGCGAGCACUCAGCAUCCCGCAAGUCGCGGUCCCCGAAACGACGCGGAGCUGUCCAGGGGAGGAGCAGUUCCAGGCCGCGUUCCGGUUCCAGGCGUAGGAGCUCAUCGCGACGACGGACGCCAUCCCAUGGCAGGACCUCGAGCCGUGGUCGUUCCGCAAGCGGCAGGAGGGGAAGCAAGGGAGCAGCGCAGGUCACGCAGCAGGUGAGCUGGGCACAGGUUGUUUCUCCCAAAGCUCGUCCCCCCCCUGUUGACACAGAGCUGGCACAGGCACAUGCCCAGAUUAGGCGUCUCACUGAAGAAAACGCAAAACUCAAAUCAGAAAUCACUAGCGUACACGCAGAAUUCGUAGCACUUAAAGAUGAAUUACUUGGAAGAAAUAGCACUACCCAUACACAAAACACUUCAACCCCACCCCCGGAGAAGCGGAAACGGGAAGAACAGCCAGCUCACAAAGUCGCUUCAAACCCGACACCGCAACGAGCAACCGCGCAGCCCACUGCACCGCAGGGAGUCAUACCCGUCCAAUAUGCCACUCUCCAGAAGGUAGAAGAGGUAGUAGCAAAAGCUAUUCAGAGCCUUCAGACAUCCCUACAAGCUACCAUGCAGCAACAACUCACAGCUAUACAACAGUCAGCGGCACAACAACAACAAUACGCAACUCAACAACAACACUCUAAGACUCAGUUGGCGGAACGCAUCAUGAGGCUAGAGGAACGCAUACUAGCACUGGAAGCUCGUCAGAGCCGGCGCCCCAAGAAAACAGCUCAUCAGACCCUACCAGAAUUGCCAGAUUCUCUGGGCUCCCCUGAACCCCAUCUUGUGCACGCAUCACCACCCCUUGAUAACCAAGAUGGCUCCGCCUCAACAUAUAUGCAGUAAGCGCGGGGGCUCCUCAGGCGAAACCACGGUGUGGCAGUGGAAUUGCCGGGGCUACAAGAACAAGUAUGGAUCACUGAUACAAUAUAUCGCUACAUCAACAAGACCACCCGAAAUCAUCGCACUGCAAGAAACGAACACACACGUCCGCCUACCCGGAUACGUCACUUAUGGCACCGAUACAGGCAGCAGCCUUCACACCCUGGUCAGUAAGAAGCUAGUGGCCGUUCAACACCAUCUCCAGCAAUCCGACCCGCUUGCCAUUCUGCUCGAAAUUAUCCCACAGGCAACAAAGAAGAAGACUCCCAUGUUUGUUCUAAACGUCUACUGUCGGCCGAAAAGCGCGCCAUCGGUCCUCAAACUGGUUUUGGAGCAAGCCACGCACGCAGCACGCAACCAUCCGCUUCUAAUUGUGGGCGACUUCAAUGCAGCCCACCCCCUCUGGGGUUAUACGUACACCAACCCCAGGGGAAACAUGCUUCACAAAGUUAUGGAGGACAUGGAUCUCACACUCGUCACCGAUCCAAAGAAUAGCACGAGGCUCGGCACAAAUGUUCAAAGAGACACGAACCCCGACUUAACCCUCACCAGAAAUAUCCCCCAAGCUUGCUGGACCAAUCUGGAGGAGUACCUAGGCAGCGACCACGCGCUGCUAGCCACCACUCUCCAUGGGCUCGAAUACAAAGCCAGGAUAGGCACGGCUCGCCUCACGGAUUGGACCAAGCUGCGGGAGAUAAGAGAAGAAAGAGCUGCGAACGAACAGAGCCAACAGCUUCAGUCAAUUAAGGACUGGAUCACUCAGCUUCAGAAGGAUGUGAAGGCGCACACCAAAAUGCUUGAAACAUCCACCACCACUCCAAGCAUCGACGCUCGCUUGCUCCACAUUUGGGAAGCCCGGCGUAGCCUGCUGAAGCGUUGGAAAAGGCAAAGAUUAAAUCGCAAGCUCAAGAGGCGAAUAGCACUACUCACACAAGAGGCUGCGGAAUACGCUACCACACUAUGCCGAGAGAAUUGGCUAUCCCUCUGCGACAGCUUGAGAGGAAGACUGAGUACUUCCAAGACGUGGAAGUUAUUG